UUGGGUAGGGCUUCCAGUUCUCGAAGGAUCCCUUCAGAUUCCGCUUCUUUUUUCUCUCUAUAUUUCACUCCACCGCGUCUCUUUCUCUCUAUCUCUCGUUCAAUCUGUAAUCAAUCAAUUGGUCGAUCGUUCUCGUUUUCGUCUCGCUCCAAUUGGUGCGACCAGUGAUGUCACUCUUCAUCUCCGAUGAGGAGCUCUCGAGGCUCUCCGGCGAUGCCUUGUAUGUGGCCGAGAAGGCGGAGGUGUAUAUCAGGGGCGUGCAUGGGGAGUUGGAGACGGUGAGGGCACAGGCCGAUGCCGCUGCCAUUACUGCCGAGCAGACGUGCUCCCUGCUCGAGCAGAAGUAUUUGUCCCUUUCCGCAGAAUUCACGCAGCUCGAGUCCCAAAACACCCAGCUCCGGUCCUCCCUCGAUGAUAACCUCUCCGAGCUCGCCAACGUCAAAUCCCAGAAGCACCAGCUUCACUUGCAAUCUAUUGGGAAGGACGGGGAGAUAGAGAGGUUAACAAGGGAAGUAUCUGAACUACAUAAAUCCAAGAGGCAAUUGAUUGAGUUGGUUGAACAGAAGGAUUUGGAAAUUAGUGAGAAGAAUGCUACCAUCAAGAGCUAUCUUGAUAAGAUUGUUAAUUUGACAGACAGUGCUGCACAAAAAGAGGCUCGUCUGAGCGAAUUUGAGGCUCAGUUGGCACGGUCGCAGGCUACCUGUGCUCGUCUUUCACAAGAAAAAGAACUCGUUGAGAGGCAUAAUGUGUGGCUUAACGAUGAACUUACUGCCAAAGUUGACAGUCUCAUUGAGCUGCGAAGAGCACAUUCUGAACUUGAGGCAGAUAUGUCUGCCAAACUUACGGAUGCUGAGAGACGCUUCAAUGAAUGCUCUGGCUCUUUAAAUUGGAACAAGGAAAGAGUUAGGGAGCUAGAGAUGAAGUUAUUGUCAUUGCAGGAGGAAUUAUGCUCAACUAAGGAUGCUGCCACGGCCAAUGAAGAGCGUUCAACUGCUGAACUCACAACUGCAAACAAGCUUGUUGACUUGUAUAAAGAAAGUUCAGAAGAGUGGUCUCAAAAGGCAGGCGAGCUUGAGGGUGUGAUCAAAGCUCUGGAAACUCAUCUCAAUCAAGUUGAAAACGAUUACAAAGAGAAGCUCGAAAAGGAAUCCUCUUCAAGAAAACAAUUUGAGAAGGAUGCCGCAGAUUUGAAAGUUAAACUUGAAAGGUGUGAAGCAGAAAUUGAAAGCAGUAGGAAAGCCAAUGAGCUGAAUCUUCUUCCACUCCACAGUUUCAAUGCGCACAAAUGCAUGGAUUCAUAUGAUGCUAAUGAGAUCAUUGAGGUCCCCAAGAUUCCAUUUGGUGUUUCAGGGACUGCAUUAGCUGCUUCACUACUGCGUGAUGGUUGGAGUCUAGCUAAAAUGUAUGCAAAAUACCAAGAGGCUAUUGAUGCUCUUCGUCACGAACAGUUGGGAAGAAAGGAAUCUGAAGCGAUACUGCAGCGAGUGCUGUAUGAAUUAGAGGAAAAAGCAGGCGUCAUUUUGGAUGAAAGAGAGGAACAUGAUAGAAUGGUUGAGGCAUACUCUACAAUCAACCAAAAGUUGCAACACUCUAUUUCUGAGCAGGCAAAUCUGGAAAAGACCAUUCAAGAACUCAAGGCUGAUUUGAGGAAGCGUGAGCGUGACUACAAUAUAUCUCAGAAGGAGAUUGUUGACCUCCAGAAGCAGGUAACGGUUCUUCUCAAGGAAUGUCGUGAUAUCCAGCUUCGGUUGGGAUAUACAGCACAUGACCAAGUUGAGGAUUAUGCAAUCAUUUCUUCUGCUAAUGUUAAUGCAGAGUCUGACACCGAAAAGAUCAUCUCAGAUCGCCUUUUGACUUUCAAGGAUAUAAAUGGAUUGGUUGAGCAGAAUGUCCAGCUCAGGAGCCUUGUUCGAAAUCUUUCAGAUCAGAUUCAAAAUAGAGAAUCAGAGUUAAAGGAGGAGUUUGAAAUGGUGCUCAAGAAACAUGCUGAUGAUGCUACUUCCAAAGUUGCUGCAGUCCUAGAAAGAGCUGAAGAACAGGGUCGUAUGAUUGAAUCCCUUCAUACUUCUGUUGCAAUGUACAAGAGGUUAUAUGAAGAGGAGCACAAACUUCAUUCAUCUUAUUCCCGUUCAAUUGAUGGACCUCCAGAGGAUCGAAGGAAUGACAUGUUACUUGUUCUUGAAGGUUCCCAAGAAGCUAUGAAGAGCGCCCAAGAAAAGGCUUCUGAGCAUGUGAGAUCUCUUGAAGAGGAUUUGACAAGAUCUAGGAGUGAGGCUAUAUCUUUAAGAUCAGAACGUGACAAGUUGGCUUUGGAAGCAACUUUCGCAAGGGAGAGACUUGAUAGUUUUAUGAAAGAGUUUGAGCAUCAGAGAAAUGAAAUGAAUGCUGUUUUAUCGAGGAACGUUGAGUUUUCACAGUUAAUAGUUGACUACCAACGAAAAGUCCGUGAAAAUUCAGAAUCUUCUCACGCUUCAGAGGAGCUUUCUCGUAAACUAACGAUGGAGCUAUCUCUUUCAAAGCAAGAGAAGGAAAUGCUAUCAAAUGCUGAAAAAAGAGCAUGUGCUGAAGUUCAUAGCUUGUUAGAGAGAGUUCAUCGUCUGCAGGCAAGUUUGGACACCAUUCAAAGUACCGAGGAAGUUCGCGAGGAAGCAAGAGCUUCAGAGAGGAGAAAACAAGAGGAGCAUAUCAAACAAGUGGAGAGGGAAUGGGCUGAGGUAAAAAAAGAGCUGCAACAAGAGCGUGAUAAUGUUCGGGCCUUAACAUUAGACCGUGAGCAGACUCUUAAGAAUGCCAUGAGACAGGUUGAAGAAAUAGGAAAAGAAUUGGCUGAUGCUUUGCGUGCUGUUUCAGCAGCUGAAUCCAGGGCUUCAGUUGCUGAGGCCAAACUUUCUGAAUUGGAGCCAAGGAUAAAAUCUUCAGAUGUUAAGUUUGCUGAGACUGAUGAUGAUGGUGGCAGAAGUUCCGUAGUUUUUACUAGUGAGGAUUUUGAAGGAUUGCGUAUUGCAAAGGAGGAGAUGGCAAAAUUGAAAGAAGAAGCAGAGGCAAAUAAGAAUCACAUGUUGCAGUAUAAGAGCAUAGCACAAGUAAAUGAAACUGCGUUAAAGCAGAUGGAAGUUGCUCAUGCGGAUUUCAAGAUUGAGGCUGAAAAGUUGAAGGAAUCACUAGAAUCCGAAUUACUCUCUCUUAGAAUCAGGACAACAGAACUUGAGAAUGAAUUGAGUUUAAAAUCUGGAGAAGUAUCCUCUGCGGUAGCAGGAAAGGAAGAGGCCCUUUCUUCUGCUUUGGCAGAGAUUAGAAGCUUGAAGGAAGAAAGCUCAGUUAAAAUAUCUCACAAGAUAGCUAUGGAAGUUCAAAUUUCUGCUUUGAAAGAAGAUUUGGAGAAGGAGCAUGAGCGGCGUCGUGCUGCUCAAACGAAUUAUGAGAGACAGGUUGUUUUGCAAUCUGAGACAAUUCAGGAGUUGACCAAAACAUCUCAAUCUCUAGCUACCCUACAACAGGAAGCAUCUGAUUUGCGGAAAUUGGUAGAUGCGUACAAAAGUGAAAAUAUUGAACUAAAGGCUAAUUGGGAAGCGGAGAAAUUAAUGUUCGAGAAAUCAAAGAAUGAAGCUAAGGAGAAAUACGAUGAACUCACUGAACAGAAUAAAAUACUUCACCGCCAACUUCAUUUGCGCAUUUCAUUGGUUGAGAAAGACCGAAAUUCUACGGGGUUUUCUUCUGAGAGUACUUCUCAAGGUUCAUUGGAGGAUGAUGGUUUACAAAAUGUUAUUAGUUUUAUCCGGAGGGGGAAGGAAAUCGCAGAGACAGAGGUCUCUCUGUUGAAACAGGAAAGGCUUCGUUUGCAGACACAACUUGAGAGUGCUCUUAAGGCUGUGGAAAAUGCCCAAGCAUCACUUAAUGCCGAGCGUGCAAAUUCUAGAGCGUUGUUGUUAACAAAGGAAGAGAUAAAAUCCUUGCAACUUCAGGUUAGAGAAAUGAACUUGCUUCGAGAAAGCAACAUGCAGCUCAGAGAGGAGAAUAAAUAUAAUUUUGAGGAAUGCCAGAAAUUGCGUGAAGUAGCUCAAAAGGCUAAGGUUGAUUAUGAGAAUGUCGAGUCUCUUUUGAGAGAGAAACAGAUUGAGGUUGAUGCAUGCAAGAAAGAAAUUGACAUGCUUAAAAUGGAGAAAGACCAUCUAGAGAAGAGAGUUUGUGAGCUGCUUGAGACAUGCAAAAAUGUUGACGUGGUUGAAUAUGAGCAAAUGAAGGAUGAUGUUCGACGGAUGCAGGAAAAAUUGGAAGAAAAGGAUGCCGAGAUGGAGGAACUUAAGAGCCUGAUUUCGAAAUAUCAUGAUACAGUAACAAAUUCGGAGCAAGCCCUUGAGAAAAGCAAGUUGGAACUGAAUGAGAGGGAAAAAAGGAUAAAUGAAAUUUUACUGGCAGAGGCUAGUCUGAGAUCUGAAGUGGAGAAGCAAAGGAAGCUGAUAGGUCAGCUUAAGAGGAGAUUUGAUACUUCAACAAAGGAGAAAGAGGAACUGAGCAAACAAAAUCUAGUGCUUUCCAAGCAGAUGGAGGACUCAAAACAAGGUAAAAGGUCCACAGGAAAUGUUAGUGGUGAACAAGUGAUGAAGGAAAAGGAGGAGAAAGACACUAGAAUACAGAUUCUCGAGAGAACUCUGGAAAGGCAACGUGAGGAGUUGAGGAAGGAGAAGGAGGAUCAUCAGACGGAGAAAGUUAAGCGUCAGAAUUGUGAGAAGUCUAUUGUAGAAUCAAUUAAAAAAUCUGAUCAGGGAAAGGAAAAGUUCACUAGUGAAUUUGAAAAGCAUAAGCAGGCUCUGAAGCGCCUUUCUGAUGAACUAGAAAAGAUUAAGCAAGCUGAAAGCAAGAUGCCAGAGGGUACAUCAGUGGUUCAGUUUCUUUCUGGACCCAUUUUGGAUGAUUUUGGUGCAUCCUAUGUCUCAGCAAUAAAUAAUUUUGAAAAGGUUGCACAGGCAGUUUCUAUUGACCUUGGAAUCAGUCUUCCCGCUGAUGCCUCAACUGUUGGAGAUAUCACAAAUAUUGCCCCUUCUACAGGUCAGACAGUUCCGGUCCAAGCUCCUUCCAUCGUAUCUGCUAUAAAUCCUGUGAAAAUUCAUUCACCAUCGAAAGCAAUGGAAGAAAAAGAGCGGAGAUUUUCUUUGCCUAAAACGGUAAGUGAACCUCGUAAAACAGGGAGGAAGCUAGUACGGCCCCGGCUUGUUAAACCGGAAGAACCACAGGCUGAUACAGAAAUGUCUGAAACGGAUGGAGCUAACAAUGGGGGUAAGCUUGCUCCUCUGGAUACUGAAGCUCUGGGAACUUCUUUAUUGACUCAAGUAGCCGCACGCAAGCGCCAAACUUCGUCCAUUUUCGAAAUAAACGAGGAGCUGGACAGUCAAGGGGAUACCAGCUCUGAUCCAGGGGCACAUGUGCUGAAGAAGGCCAGAAGUUCGGAUUCCAAACAAGAGGAUGCUGAAAGACAAGCUGUUGCUCCAUCUGAGAAUUUGGGAUCUCUGCCAGCCGUGGAAGAAUCACUUGAUGCUGUCAGUGAUUUGCCUUCUAGUUCUACUGUAAAUGCGGUUGAUACUGAGAAUGAAGAGACUAAUAUUGCUGGAGAGGAGUUGAAAGAGUCGGAACAGUUGGAUGGCUUGAAUCAAGUUGAAUUGCAGACUGAAGAGGGGAUUGUAUUAGAAGAGAUACUGGAUAAACCAAGAGAAACAGAGAUGGUGAUUGAUGAGGCUUCAAAAUAUCAGGCUGAGGAAGACGUCCAGCAAUCAAUAAUGGAAUCUGAAAGUGAUAGGGAAGAAGGAGAGCUAUUGCCAGAUGCUGCCGAAAAUGAGGGUGCUACCGGUCCACCUGAAACUAGUGAAAACCAAGAAAAUAUGGAAGUUCAGGCUGAUGCUGUUGCCACUCCUUCAGUUUCCCCAGCUAGGGUUGAUGAGGAAUCCCAAGCUGCUGUAGCAGUGGAUUUGGGAGAGAUUGGUUCUUCUGAUUUUCUUAAUGAUGAGAAAAAUGAAGGUGCAAAAAAUGAUGAAGGUGAUGAUACCGAAGAGAGCAAUGAAGUUCCUGAUAAAUCAAAUGAUGGGGAUGGCAAGAUUACAGUGGCAAGUGAUCAGAAUGUUGAAGCUGGUUCGGCCACUGCAGAAAGUACAUCGAGUGUUGUUAUAGGAAGUGAUGUUUCAAGACAAGGUACUUCUAGUGUAACUGUUGAAACAGAAGAGGUUAGGCAGGCAUCUCCCGCAGGUAAUCCCUCAACUGUUGUCAACAUAUUAGAGAGAGCUAAAGAGAAGGCUGCUCUAAGACAAGCUAGACCUGUUGUAGCCCCUCCUACAGUUAGCAGAGGUCGUGGAAGAGUUUUGCAACGUGGUAGGGUUCCUCGUGGACGUGGUGCACGUGGUGGACGUGGACAGUCUCCUGGUCAACAGAAUUAAAAACUCUAUAUUAUUAGAGUUACCAUUUUACUAGCUGCGAUUUGAGCUAUUUUUUGUGACCUGAAACUCUGUAUAUGGUCUUACGCCAGGCUAGUAGUCCUCAAUUCCUACAUAUGGACAGACCUUGAGUCUUGGAAAGAGAGUUUUGGUUUAUUAUGGUAAAAUCAUCAGCGAUGGUAGAAAUGAUGAAAGUUGGUAUAUUGUUCUUUUUUGUGAAAGGCCUUGGUGAAUUGAAAGUUUUCCAAGGUGGAGGACGGGAAACCCCUUGAUUAUCUGCAGUUGUUUUGCAUUCAUUUAGGUUGGUGUUCGAUCAUGUUUUCCAGAGAUCUUUAGGAGUAAAUUGGAUAAUUGAGAAAUUUAGAAAGAUGCAGUAUAUGUCAUCAUCUAAUGGAUGCUAGUCUGCUGCUACUCUACUGCUACAUGUUGAAUGUGGACAUUUGCAGUUCCAGUUAAGAUUAAUCUAGAAAGGCAAUAGAUUGAAGUCCAUGAGCAUGCAGCUUUAAGCUUGUGGCAAUUUUACUA